AUGGCCAUCCCUCACGCUGGCGCUGGCGGUACUUCCUCGAUAACUCCCACUAUCUUCCCUCACACUGCCCCUAAAACUCCCCUCCCGCCCCCUGGACCCCCCCUCGCCUUCGCGGUCUCCCGACCUCCCAUCGUUCGUUCGCUCCCAAAACCUCUUACUAACCCCAUCCCUCCCCCUCAAACUGUCCAAAUACGCACGAUUCAAAUUCGUCCCGGCAACGCCCCCAAAGACUUUUGGGUGGUGGAAGUGGGGUUUGCGCAUUGCGAGGCCGACGAGGGCUGCUUUUGCUUUUUGUUUGGGGGUGGCUGA